AUGACAACUACAGGCGUAUUUGGAGGCGAUGAUACUUCUACUCAUUUGAAGAGAUCAAAUCAAGGCAGUGAUGGCACUAUUCAAAAGAAACAAAGAGGUGAUCAUCAAACAAUGACUCACCAACUGGACACCUCGAAUGAACCUUUGUCAACAGAGCCAACACCUACAACAAAUCCUACCAUGACAGCCCAACUGACAGAUGUUGAAGGAGCAGAAGAUCACACACAACAGGAAGUGCUUGAUGCAGUCAACAGGAUCAGAGGUUGGUCCAACAAAAUAGAUUAUUUGAGACAAGUAGGAUAUGUUCCCGAUGGAGGAGUUGAACUUGGACCCAUCAAUCAUAAUACUUUUAUAGCAAGAAGACAAAAGGAUGGACAGAGAUCUGAGUUCAAGUCGAGGAUAUGGUUUAGAGAUGGAAGGGCAUGGAUCUAUGAAGUACCCUCAAUGGCGCAUUCAUACACUGUCAAUGCGAUCAAUGAUAUCAUUCGGUAUCAAACAUUCCCAAACCAACAUUUGUUGCACACCGGAGGAAAUGCGACAUUGAUCCUCCAACCAGGACAUGCAAAUGCUGAGCCAGACCAAUCUUUGCAACCUCUUCGACCCAAAGUCCCCAACAAUCAUUCGGCAGAUGGAUAUGGAAAUCCUUACCCAACAUUGGUCAUCGAAGCAGCCAAGUCUCAAUCACUUCCAGUGUUACAUCAAAAGUGCCUCGACUAUUUCAUGGAUCGUGUUGCUGCUGUGCUUCCUGCUCCUGGUGUCCCUGCUGUGGCUGCAAUACCAAGCACAAUUAGGAUCGUUAUUGGUGUCAAGAUCUAUCCCAGAAACAAUGGAGACUUUGCGAUGCUUGUUUUGUACUAUCAGAAUGGUGCAGCAGCAAAUCCUGUCAGGAUCAUCUCUUGUGGAACGACACAUUUGGAUGUCACCAAUACAAUCCAAAGACACUUGCCUCCCAUAUCUCCACCAGGAUAUGCUGCUCCUCAUGGUUAUGAAGGUGUCAUGCCUCCAGUUGGGCCUCCUCCACCUGUAGCCAAUCCAGCCAAUCCCCUCAACCUUCAAAAUCCUUGUAAUGCACUUGAGAACUAUAGUCCAAUAUAG